UAAAAAAAAGAACACUGUCAAAACAUUUCGCAAUCGUUUGUGAUUUUCCUCCGAUUCGUAACAGCCGUUUUUAAAUAUUGAAAAUAUCUUCAUAGUUUUUAAUCUUACGCAUCUUUUUGCUGCCACGCAGUGGUAUUUAUAAUCACCAUAACGAAGAGAAAAGUGCCCGGCGGUUUGUGGUUGCAAACGGACAUAAUGUCCGUGUUCCACCCGAAACGGUUAUCCGACUGUAAACAGUUGGAAAAUGAGCUACUCCAAGCAUCAGAAUCGGAGAUCGAGGGCACAGCAAAGAACAGUGACAGAGAUUCAUCAACCGAGGAACGUUCACCGCGGUAUAUCAGAGCUACAAGAAGUUUUCAGCCGAAGCGAGUUUCUGAGUUGCCACCCCUGGAAUCGGAAUCAGAUUCGGAUGACGAUAAUUUGAAUUGUGCAAUUUUGAACGAUUCGUUUUUGCUGACUCCCUCGAAAGGAAUCGAUGAUAUGGACCAAACUACACAAGUUCCGCACCCAGCAACAACGUUGUCGCAGAAAGAAAACGUACCUGAUAAGCCAGCGAGGAGGAAAUUGGAAAAUAAAUUGAUUACUGUGACUGAUCAAAUUCCAACGGAAUCCGUAAUAGCACCUAUUAAGCGAGUUCCUCUACAGGAUCGAUCACAGUUAGAGAAACAGUUCAGUAUAUUUAGUCAGAUUGAUGGCAAGUCGCUUAAAACGCGAGAUUCGGGCAUAAGCUCUACUACGUCUUCGGUGCUGGGUGCAGCAGAGCAAAACAUUGAAUUCGAGGUCAAGUCACACACAGCAGAUGCUUCGAAAGCAGUGACGAAUGAACAAAAAGUACAGUCUCCCCAAAAAGAUUGUCACGAGGUCCAUGACAAAAACAAGCAACUGUUCGUGACACCAAGGGAUAAGUUAGCCUUGGGCAGCGCUAGAGGAACAAUUUCCCGAAUGCUGACAUCAACUGCCACACGUGGUUCCCGCACUACACUGGAGAAUGAGUUUAAAUCACAAAAAAUACUGUUUGCAACCCCAAUUACAAACGGCGUGGCACGACCGGCGGUUUGUGCGAACGACAGUCUAUCCUUGUCGCUAGUUGAUACUCCGAUCAAAUCAAAGGAAAGACCUCUAUCACCCAUUGUCGAGCAGCCACAAAGUGGAUCACAACCGAAGGCUGGGAUUUCUCCAAAAAUAGCGGUUCCGGAGCGACGAUCAUCUCCAGAGCCACCACCACCACCACGUAAAGAAGCGAUGCAGUGUGAACCAAAAAAGGAAACCGUCGAACAACAGACGAAACCGUUGCCCGUUAUCACUAUCAACGGGAAGGAUUACCAGAUUCUGAAAAAGCUCGGUUCCGGUGGCUCCAGCUCAGUGUUUUCGGCCAAACAAAUGGGGACAGGCGUUGAUUGUGCAUUGAAGUUGGUGAAUCUCGAAGGCGAUUCCAGCAUAGUAGAAGGUUACUUAAACGAAACAAAACUGUUGGCGAAAUUGCAAGGAAAUGAAAAUGUAGUAGCGCUGUAUGACUAUUGUCAUGUUCCAGAGUCUAACCAACUUUACCUGGUAAUGGAAAAGGGUGAUAGUGAUCUGCACAAAAUCCUGCAAAGCUACCGCAAGGAUAUACCGUUGUACACGCUCAUGCAGAUUUGGUACCAGAUGGUACAGUGUGUGCACUACAUUCACGAGCACGGUGUCAUCCAUCUGGAUCUCAAACCGGCCAACUUUCUAAUGGUAAAAGGUCGCCUGAAACUGAUUGACUUUGGCAUCGCCAGCAAUAUCUCCUUCGACUCCACCAGUAUUAUGAAGUUUUCCCAAGCGGGCACAUUCAACUACAUCAGCCCGGAAGCUCUGAUUGACACUUCCACGGAGAACGGUUCAGCCAAUUCCCAGCCCAAGAUCCGCAUGUCGAAAAAGUCUGACAUCUGGUCACUGGGGUGCAUCCUGUAUUUACUGCUGUACAAGAGGACUCCAUUUGCCCACAUCAAGAACAUCUACAACAAGGUAAAUAUUAUCACCAAUCCCAACACGACUAUUGAGUUUCCGACGCUGCCCAGUUACUAUCCGCCAAUUUUGCUCGAAAUGCUGCAGCGCUGUCUCAAGUACGAUCCAAAGACGAGAGCUUCUACGGCGGAUUUGCUUGACUACCCGUUUGACAUGGUGAUACCGGUUGGGAAAUAAAGAUGCUGUAUCAACAUUA